UCAACACAAAAUCAUAUAUGAACCGUUCGCCGUCUGGGGCAAACGACAGUGAGCAUGUUCGCCGUCUGUAUCCUACUUUAAACAUAAACAAAAAUCAGCUGAUAUGCGAAGACUGGCUUUUUCUUUCCUAUAUAUAAAAAUAUUAUAUUGGCAGUCGAAAUAUUAUCUAUGGUCAAAAUGUUACGGAGUUUUCGGAACCAAAACGCUGUGAAAAAAUUGCUUCUUAUUCACAGAUAUAAGUCGACUUUAUCAUCAACCAAUGAUACUGAAAACGUUUACGACUGUAUCGUAAUUGGCGGUGGUCAUGCUGGUACGGAAGCAUGCGCGGCAUCGGCGAGAAUGCAUGCGAAUACGCUGCUUAUUACACACAAGCUUGAAACAAUUGGAGAAAUGUCUUGUAACCCGUCAUUUGGAGGAAUCGGUAAAGGACAUUUAAUGCGUGAAGUCGAUGCGUUGGAUGGAUUAUGUUCUCGUUGCUGCGAUGUUUCUGGAGUGCAAUAUAAAGUGUUAAAUCGUAGACGUGGACCGGCUGUGUGGGGACCUCGCGCCCAAAUCGAUCGAAUACUGUAUAAGCAAGCUGUACAAAAGGAAUUAUUUAAUAUGAAUAACCUGGAAAUACGUUGCGCAGCUGUAGAUGAUUUGUUCAUAGAAGGGCAUGCGGAAGGAAGAGCGCAACGUUGUUGUGGAGUUGUAUUAAAAAGUGGUGAAAUAGUGCAAAGCCGCACCGUUAUUCUAACUACGGGAACGUUUUUACGAGCUAAUAUAAAUAUAGGACUUGAAGUGCGUCCUGCAGGAAGAAUAGGUGAUGAACCGGCUAUGGCAUUGGGUCAAUCGCUGGAGAAACAUGGAUUUCGCAUGGGACGCCUUAAAACAGGCACGCCACCUCGCAUUGCUAAAAACAGUAUCGAUUAUAAUCGACUAACGCAUCAUUCGGGGGACAAUCCCCCAGCUCCUUUCUCAUUCAUGAAUGAGCGGGUAUGGAUCGAAGCAGACAAGCAACUGCCUUGUUAUCUAACGCACACUACUUUAGCUGUAAAUAAUAUUGUGCGUCAGAAUUUGCACGUGAAUCGACAUGUUACUGAGGAAGUUACCGGUCCGCGUUACUGUCCGUCCAUUGAGUCGAAAGUUUUGCGUUUCGGUGAAAAAGUGCAUCAAAUCUGGCUCGAGCCAGAGGGUUUUGAAAGCGAACUUAUCUACCCUCAAGGGCUGUCAUGCACUUUGCCAUACGAACAACAGGUAGAGCUGGUACAUAACAUUCAUGGUUUGGAGCAAGCUAAAGUUGUUCAACCUGGAUAUGGUGUAGAGUAUGAUUUUAUUGAUCCUCGUGAACUAUUUGCCACACUGGAAACAAAACGUGUGGAAAACCUCUUCUUUGCAGGACAAAUCAACGGCACUACCGGUUAUGAAGAGGCAGCAGCGCAAGGUAUAAUUGCGGGUGCGAAUGCUGCUAAAAAAGCAAUACAAAAUCGGACAACUGGUUCCUCCACUGAAAACCCAUGCCAGCUGACGAUAAGCCGAACUGAAGGUUACAUUGGUGUACUCAUCGAUGACUUAACAACAUUGGGUACUAAUGAACCAUAUCGCAUGUUUACCAGUCGUGCGGAGUUUCGUCUUUCACUACGACCAGAUAAUGCCGAUAUGCGACUGACAGAGAAAGGCUACAAUUUUGGUGUAGUAGCCGAAAGCCGCUACAAGCGCUUCAAAAUCACUGAACAAAAAUUACAGCAAGCCAUUGACCAACUGAAAUCAUUGCAACAUCAUACAAACUAUUGGCGACGUGCGCUUGGAGUACGUGAAGCGAAAGCAUCCGUCAAAAAAAGUGCAUUUGACAUGCUUGGUAUACCAGCAGACAACAUAACACUAACACAAUUGAUAGAAUUGCAACCUGACGAACUCGGUUGGUUACGCAGUGAAACCGCCAUUUUCGGGCGCCUUAAAAUUGAGGCAUUGUAUGCACAUUUUGUGGCCGAGCAGCUACGGGAUGUAGAGGAUGUGCGCCGCGAUGAAGGGCUGGCAAUACCCGCUGGCAUCGACUACUUCGCCAAAACAUUGAGCCUAUCAAAUGAAGAGCGACAAAAAUUGGCGUUGAUACAACCACAGACUAUAGCAGCAGCUAGUCGUAUACAAGGUGUAACACCAGCAACCAUUGUGCGGCUACUCAAAUAUGUGAAACGUGGACAAGGAUUGGAGCAAGCGGUGCAUGCGUGAAACAACGGUCAUUGGAAGAAAGGAAUUUAAAACAAAUCAGUCAAUGUAUAACGUUGGCAAAGUAAUAUAGUUAUGGUUGAGUAAAGUUCAACUAACUGAACGAUUGCCUUAGCGAAAGUUGAGUGCAACAUGGAAAAUUCAAGCCGUAUAUUUUGGUUAAGUUAGAAGAAAACAAAUUAUUUUACCGUUUAGUGACAUAUACGGGUACUUUAUUAUUUUUAAUAUUAUUAUGCAAUAAAUAUUUUAGGAAUGAAGUAAGUUUUAAUCAAACCAAUUUAGUUUACAUAUUCAGCAACGAUGCAUGUAUACAAAAAUCGUAACUGGACUGAUUGAACGUAUACGAAAAGUUAAUAAAAAUAUAAGAAUGUAUGUAUGUAUAUGUUUUGCUAAAAUCUACUAUUUUUAUAACUCGUGCAUAUUAAUUCAUACAUCUAUGCAUAAGUAGGUAAUCGCUAAUAAUGUACAUAAUUGGAUGUACAUUUGCAUUGAAGCAUAUUGCAUAAAUUCUACACAAUUGUAUUCGCUACUUAUAUCCUGCUAUUGUACAUGACAAAACAACUACAUAACAACGAAUCGCUAAAAAUAAAUUAUUGCCACAUGCACGAGGCACACAUUCGUUCUUGGUGUAAAUAUGUAUAUGAAAAUUUAACUUUCUUGUAUAACAUUUAUCCUCUUUUCGAAUUAUAGUUG